CUAGAUGACCUCCUGCAGUCUCUGCUAGCCCUAAUCUAUGAUUCUAUGAUCAAAGUUGGAAAUUACCCAGUGGAAUUCAGGUGUGUUUUAAUUUUAAUCUAAUCUAAUCAAUCUAAAUCUUUUAAUGGAUUUUUUUAAAAGAGGGGGAAAUAUUUACUAGUUUGCUUUUGCCAAUCUCUCUGGCUUCCAGUGUAUUUUGGUUAUGCCAGUUUGUGAGACAAGGGGUUUCCUGAUCCGGGAUUUAGCAAGCAGAUGUCUAACUGGUGGCAGGACAGCAGAGGUGAAAAGGCCACAUGUAAUAAACUUCCAGCCUUUCUCUGUGCCACAGGCUUGUUUAUUCCUCUGGAAUUGCCUGCUCAGAGGGGACCUUCUGCUUGGACCUCUCCUGUCUUCCACAGGGAUGAGUUGGGAUUCAGCGAAGAGUCAUUGCUUCUGCAGCACCCCAGCCCCUGCAGAGGUCUUCUGCAGGGUCAGGCAUCGAUGUCUGGAAAGUAGAAGAGAUAGGCACGAAAAGUGCCUAUUGCCCGCCCUCAUCCUCACCACAGACCUGCACAAAAGCCAGUGGGAAAUUAAUCAAACCUAAAGGCCCCCUUCAUGCUGAAGAAACUCUUGAGAGCGGGGGGCUCGGAGAGUCCUUCCUUGGUAUUGUAAUGUCAUUGGAGUAAUGCUGUCAGGGAGGCAGAGAGCUGGGGGCCCCAGGUCCCCUUUGUAGAUUCCAUGAAAUCUGCUGGGCGUGGGGACAAAACUUCCUCCUGUUCCCAGGAGGAAAGAAUCUAAGCCCUGUCCCUGACAGAACAAUCCUAGGAAAUCUCUGGAAUGAGAUAGUGCUAAGGGGGAGGGACGGGAGGGUUCCUCCCCUUCAGAGCUCCUUCGCAUGGGUUUUCCUUAGGGAAGAGGUAAUCUGGGUCUCAUGACAUUUGAUAUUGGGUGAUGAGGAGCUGUUGGGGCAUGGCACAGGAUUAUGGGGCUGUGAGUAACUGGAGACAGAUGGGAGUUUGACUCCCGCUCAGCAUGAAGCUGUGAGACGUCACAAAGUCAGUGAAUCAUUUUCAAUCUUUAUCAAACUCAUUGCACUUGUAAUCUAGGCCAGAUUUGGAAGGUGUCCUCACCACUCCCAUAAACAGCUGAGCCUGUGUGAGUACACAGUUACUAUCCAGUUCCUCGGCUUGGCUAGGUGAGGUUUCAGACUGAUGCAGUCAUCUCACCAAAUAGGCCCAAGAGAAAAAGACCAUCUAACCGAAUGAAAUCAGCCUGCAUUGCCUUCCCAUUCUAGAGGUGUAAAGAGAUCUGAGUGCCUGACCUACACCCCAGCAACCUGUACAGCAACUUUCCUUUGAUAUUUUAUUUACAUGGGAUUACAUUUAGUAAGAGUAACAUUGCAUAAAAGCAGAAUUUGUUCUUCUGAAUACUGAAACGUUUCUAGUUUUACACCUUCAGUAUUACUGUUCCCAGUAUGCUUCAUACCAUAUUUAACAUGGGUCUUCAAUCCUGACGUUCUACAUUUUAAACCUCUGAACGAUUUUCUACUUAGCUAGAUCUCUCUUUUGUUGUGAAAUUCUGCUCCGGGAUAUAAAGAUUUAGUAACAUGCAUUCUCAACUUACAAUAACAGCAUAAAAUGUACCAUGUACUCACAAUACCAGUCCAAAAUAUGCAGCAUCCUUCAUAUCAGCAGCACAAAAUGUACUGAUACUAUCUUAAAACAAAGGAAUCUGAAAAAAAUAAAUAAACCUACUGUUCCUUCUCUUGCAGGCACCCCUUGCUACUUUGAUAUUUUUAGUCUUGAAAAAGGACACUUUGGGUCUUUUUCUUAUAUAGGCUCCUAUUACCCCUCACCCCCUGUCCCAAUUUUUCACAUUUGCUGUCUGGUCACCCUAGGUCCCUUCUCCAAGGAUCUUACACAGUGUAGGCUGUAAUAGGCUCAGAAUGGGUUUGCAAGUAUGACUUGCCUUUCAAUAACUGCAUGUUUUCCGUUACCCAUGUCUAGGUGGGAAGGAUUUUCAGUAUUGCUGGAGGAGGCCCAGCUCUGGAGCGGGACAGUAGGAGGUUGAGAGGUCUCUUUCAACACAGGUAGUGAGAGGCUGAGAAUCUCAUUCACAUUUCCCUCCUGGCAACAAAGACCACAACUGCUAGGGCAUAGGUGAGAUCACUACCCUGUGAUCUGUGAAACCCACCUGGAGAGCUCCCAUGUGAAGGACUCCUACAAGCAGAAUACAGCAAGUAAUUUAAAUCCCGCCGCCUAAGAUUAACCAGUUCUGUUUCCCCCGCAUGUUCACAGGCAUUACAAUGAACUUUAAAAGGUAUUUCAUUAGAGUGCUGCACCGUCUCCAGAAGGGGCCGGGAUACACAUACAAAGAGCUGCUGGUCUGGUACUGCGAUAACACCAACACACAUGGACCCAAGCGCAUCAUCCGAGAGGGGCCAAAGAAAAAAGUCAUCUGGUUUUUCCUGACUCUGCUCUUCGCAUCUCUCGUCUUCUGGCAAUGGGGGAUCCUCAUUGACACAUACCUCUCCUACAGUGUCAGUUCAUCUCUCUCUAUAGGGUUUAAGACCAUGAAGUUCCCAGCAGUCACGGUCUGCAAUGCCAGCCCCUACAAAUACUCCAAGGUGAGGCAUCUAUUGAAAGAGUUGGAUGAGCUCACUGAGGCAGCCCUGGAAAGGAUCCUGCAGUCCAAGCAUGGGGACGCAAUCUCAACUCCCCCACUACACUCCAGUGAGACUGUUUCUCAGAGGUUAGACUUGAAGCUCUGGAACCAAAUCCCCUUGGUUCUGAUUGAUGAAAGUGACCCAGACCAUCCCGUCAUUAUCGAUCUCUUUGAGACCAACCAAAGUGGCUCAGGAACCCAGCCUAACAAUUCCACUCCCGCCCUGUCCAACGUGACGUCAGAAGCGAAGAAACACAAAGUGGCAGUGAAGCUGUGCCACCACAAGGACACCCCCCAGUGCAUCUACUGGAACUUCACCAGCGCCGCCCAAGCGGUGACAGAAUGGUACAUUCUGCAGUCCACUAGCAUCCUCUCUAAAGUCCCGCUGCAAGAGAGGAUCAGGAUGGGCUACCAGCCAGAGGACAUGAUCUUAGCAUGUCUGUAUGGGGCAGAGCCCUGCAGCUACAGAAAUUUCACCCAGAUCUAUCAUCCUGACCAUGGCAACUGCUACAUCUUUAACUGGGGAAUGGAUGAGGAAGCCCUGAUUUCUUCCAACCCGGGAGCAGAGUUUGGGCUGAAGUUAAUUCUGGACAUCAGCCAACAAGACUACAUUCCCUACCUCACAUCUACUGCUGGGGCCAGGCUUAUGCUGCAUGAGCAGAAGAGUUUCCCGUUUCUUAAAGACCAGGGCAUCUAUGCCAUGUCUGGGACAGAAACCUCUAUCGGCGUAUUAGUGGAUGAACUUGAGCGGAUGGGUUAUCCCUACAGCGACUGCACUAUGAAUGGGUCAGAUGUCCCUGUAAAAAAUCUUUAUAACGAGUAUAACAUCUCCUACUCCAUACAGGCUUGUCUGCGCUCCUGUUUCCAAGCUCAGAUGUUUGAAAAUUGUGGAUGUGCUCACUAUCUGUUUCCUUUACCUGAAGGGGUAAAUUAUUGCAACAAUGAAGAUGAUCCAGAUUGGGCAUAUUGCUAUUCUUCACUGAGAUCAAGUAUAAGACACAGGCAGUUUUGUAUUGACUCUUGUAAGGAAACGUGCAAUGACACUCAGUACAAGAUGACCAUAUCGAUGGCAGACUGGCCGUCUGAGGCUUCCGAGGACUGGAUUUUCCAUAUUUUGUCCUAUGAAAGAGAUCUGUCAACAAAUGUGACUCUGGACAGAAAUGGGAUCAUCAAGCUAAAUAUUUACUUCCAAGAGUAUAACUACAGAACCAUCUCGGAAUCUGCGGCUACAACCAUUGUGUGGCUCCUGUCAAGCUUGGGCGGCCAGUUUGGGUUCUGGAUGGGGGGCUCAGUGCUGUGCCUCAUUGAAUUUGGAGAAAUCAUCAUUGACUUUCUGUGGAUCACCAUAAUUAACGUCAUCAGCUGGUGCAAAGGCCUGAAGCAGAAACGAGCCUGGGCCCAGUACCCAGACACACCUCCGACUGUGUCAGAGCUGGUGGAGGCGCAUACCAAUCUUGGGUUCCAACAUGAGGACACCAACAUCACCCCCCGUGAUGAAGUUCCUCCCCCUGGAGCACUCCCACCAGAGCCAGGCACCCCACCCCCUAAGUAUGACUCCCUGCGUGUAGACCCACAGGCUGACAUUGACUCGGACAGCGAUGUAGAGGCCAGUUAAGAAGCACAGAAUAUUGCACUGCACUUGGCCACCUGACCCUUGUAACUGACUUGGCACCAUGCUCUGCUCAUUAGGAGAGCUGCAGGGGCUAAAAAGGCCACAAAGCUCAUUUUAAAGAAAUUCCACCCAUAAAGCAUGGGGGGGGGCAUUGACUUUACUGUAUAACCUGCAUAAUUCAAUACUGCAAUCUAUUCCAAUCUAAGACACACUACUGAUUUUUUUCAGCAAGUUCCUCCCCCACGCACACUUGUAUCUAGAAAGUGCUUAUUUGCAUGCUGUUUCUGUGAUCAAUAGCUUCUCAUGGAAUGACUGUGAUAAACGAAUCAUGCUACUAGGUAUACGAGUAUGAUACCAGAAUAAAGGCUAUCGCAAUGACAACAGGAAAUUUAUUAUAUGGGAGGAAAGUCACAAAGGAAAGACUAAGGCUGGCUUGCCGUAGGAAGAGACUGGGACGUCCGUGACAUGACAGGGGCUUUGCUCUACGGGGUAGAGCUUUAGAAACUGAAAAGUACCAACUAGAGCUUGUUCUACACUCGUCUGUUUCUGUACAGCUAGCCUGCAAGUAACAAAACUGAAGUGACCCUCCCUUUUUAUCUUUUUCUAAGGUCUUCUCAACUCUCAAUAUUUCUGCCUCCAAGUAACCAGCAGUAUAAACAGUGACUACUCCAGAUACAAGUUGUGUUGGCUGCUUGCUGGAGCCCGUAUGCUUUUUGUUUGCACUCCUAUGCUCACUGCUCUGAUUUUUUGUAAUUAGUUUCCUGCAGAUGGGCACAUUUGUUAAUAUAUGUUAGAAGUAAACAGUUCAGAUUCCAAUAAAGAUACAAGCACGCCUACCAUGGGUGGAGUGGCAGGUCACCUAACAGUAUCAUUCUUGGCAAAAGCCAUCAGCUAUCAUUGCUGAGUUUCCUGGUGGCACAGCAGGUGACAUUUAGUCUUUCUGAAAAAAGAGACACUGCUAGUACAGGAUAGGACUAGGUCAGGUGCAGCUUUGGGCAGCUUCCCUAGGCAGCCAGCUCUGCUACCGCAACACUAGCCCUGCGAUUCCAUUUUGCAGACUGCCUCGGGGAGCAGGGUUGCUGUAAUAUAGUAAAAUCUCCAUAGGGCACUUGGUAGGUGAGCGUAAGACCUUGGUCUUAUGGCUGAUAUGAACCAUGUCUUUGCGAGAAGGGAGCAGCUCCAUGCCAAGGCUGCUGUCCCACUGCCUCUCAACCAUGCUGCAGCUCUAGUUUACAGAAGUAGUUUUCAGAACUUCAGGAAGAAACAAGAUUGUAUGGUCAAGUCAUGAGAGCCCUGGAGAUUAUCCCCAGCUCAGCAGUUCCUGGCUGUGUGGCCAUGGAUGAGUUCGCUCCCAGCCCCUUACCUGUAAAAUGGGGCUAGUACAUUUUCACAUAUCAGAGGGGUGGUGAGGCUUCAUGUUGAAAUCCACAGCUGAAAGCUGCUAUCAAAGUGCAGUGCUAUUAAUUGGACACAAAAUUCUCAAGUCUCAGGCUAGCUGAAGACUCUCCAUUCCUCCUUCACACAGCCACAGAAGUGAUCGUCCUCACACCCAGCAGCACUACUGAGGUAACAAAAUUCUAGCGAGACACACCCUAACAAUCACACAAUCGGUUACUAGUGCUGCAGGCCCUGGUGGCUGCAGUGCCCUGCCAUUUGUGGGUCCCCAUAUUACACCCAGGGCUUUGCACUGGAAUUUUAUUAUAAGAAGCCCUUGGUUUGGAAUUCUGAAUACUUCCAGUGAUGUUUAAAGAACUAAGCCUUGCGCGCUCUGAAGAUCGCUCCAUAUCGCUAAUACACACAAUGGUAAGGAGCUGCAUUCUGCACAGGCCUGUCUCCUCCUCCCAUUCACAUUAACCAUUUUGGAUAAAGCAUUAGGCCGUCGGCACCACAUUGUAACCCAGGACAGCCAAGUCACAAAGACCACUGCAUGUCUGCCAUUCUGCCCCAGGCAGGGGGAGCCCAAGGACAGCUUUGUCAUUAGCUGAGGGCACAGCUCCUGAGAGCAGAAAUUGAAUUGGUUUUCCUUUCAAUAUGAAACAGGAUGGUGUGAAUUAUUGUAAGUAGGAUAAAUUAGGGAUAAGUGACUCAUUCUCUAAAGUCCCAAGGCUGCCAUGAGCUCUAGCUGGGCAGAUGUGUCCCCACACACAGCCCGGGGUUCAGUGCAAGCAUCGCCCCCCUCAGAACUGAUUACAGGAUGGGAUUCUAAGGGAAAAGUGCAUGGCUUUCUUUCCACAGCUGGGGAACGGCUCUCUCCCCAUGAGUGUUUCUUCGAUGGAGCCACUUGCAGUCUACAUUUUAAAAGUUUCUACCAGUUGGAAAGUUUUAUUUCCUGCACCUACAAUGGGGAACACGGGUAAAAACCAACAACAGUUUUCAAAGAAGUAGAAACUUUCUGAGUGCACUCGCUGAGAGAGGAAGAAUAUAACAAGUAACAACUCAACACAGCCCAGAACACUGAGGACACCUUUUUCCUCAUUAAGACAUAUCAGCCCUGAAUUUGAUUAAUUUACAUAAUAAUUUUGGGCAGAUUUCUUGUUUCAAAAUCAAUGCCACUAAAGGCCUUUUACUGUAUUUAUAAUCUCAAUUUGUUAAAUACCUGAGAAUUCACAUUACAGACCAAAUCUCUAGUACAUCCCUCUAUUAAACCAUUACUAGGGGAGAGCUGAUAGAUGGAAAUCUCUCAUUUCACAGAUUGCAGGGAUAAAUUUACUAAAAAUGAAUGGGAGCUACACUUUAGCAUCCUUUCCUGAUCUUACCAUUUACAGCACCCUGAAUCCUUUCCCUCCUUUUGUUAAAGAAAGUUAUCUAAAUUAGCCACACAAUGUGUUUGUUUAAGCAAAUGCCCUAAAAUCUGCAGAGACUAUCUACAUCAAACAAAGCAACCUCAUGAACUAGGUUCUUAAGAAUUUGAAUAUCUUUUUCCUUACAUAAAUGAACAUUUACUACAGUCCUAUAGCUGCAGUUUCCAGCAUCACAGAAGUGAAAGCGAAUUCUCUUAUUCUAUCAACCUGUAAUUUCAUUUGUUCUGUUUACACCAAAGAAAGCUUUUAUUUACGAGAACAACCCUUAUACCUCCCAUUCAUUAAAUAUACAGAAAAAACAGCCUCUCAGUUAUCCUUCCGCAUUCCCACCCUUUCCUUCUAUACUAGGAAUACUUAUGGUUCUUCAAAUAAUUUUAGUUAUUGGUGAAAGACUGUUUCUUGGGCUACUGAGGAGGAGCCGGCUGGGGGAGUUUGGCAGAUAUUACCAGCAGCCCUUUAUAGUGUGUUUUCAUUUAUGGGCUAGAGGCUGAUCCUAUACUCUGCGCACUAGAGAGAUUUCUACAAAGAAAGAAAGAAUCAGUGCCACAUAUUACCAGCAGAUUUGCAAACGAUACAAAACCUGCUUGUUGCCACUAAUGCCACCUAAUCAAUAUUUUAAUCUCAAAACGCUGGUUGCUCACUCGAAGACAGCAUUCAUUUUGUCAGGUCUAGGAAAAAGGGGCAGGAUCUAAGAUGUAUCCGUUAGAAUCUUCUAACUGUCCUAAAAUCAGGAGAUAACUAGAUUAAGUAGUAGACUAAUUUUCCAAAUACUGGUCUAGCAUUCCUCUAUUUGCAUAUCUCAUCUAAUCACUACAUACUUUAAAUAAUCAGCAUUUCAAAAUGAAGCUUCUUUAGGUCAGUAAAUGGAGCCACUCUGUCAAACUUUUGCCUUGAAAAUGUGGCAUUUUCGCUUUGCAUACACAAGGGGAACAGCAUAGCUGCCUACCACACUUUACUGAGUAAAGGGCUGAGGCUGCACCUCACUUCCAAGGAUCAGAUUCCCUACUUACUGCUGAACCAACUCAGCACCAGCCAGGACCAUACCCCAGAACUCUCACCAUGCAGGGAUGAGCUCACGGCAGUCAAUGAGGGAACCCACCUACCCCAGCACUCCAGAGGGUUUGAGGCACUUUAGGUCCCCAGUAUCUGCAGCAGAUGCUUUUAGGGGUAAUAAAAGGGGAGUCUGCUGUCCUGUGCAAUAAACGGACACACAUGAACCAGCUUCUCACUUAAGUUCUUCUACUAUUUCCAGUUCAUGUGCUUCUUAUUCAGUUUGUUAGUGUUUGUAGAAGACAGAAGCUAACAGCGGAUGGAGACCAGCCUAUUCCAGACAGCCAAUUAUGUUAUCUGCGCAGGUGGUGGUGUAAGGAAGAGAUCGCCUAGGCCUGAGUACGUGGAGAGCGAAACCAUGAGCAAGUAAAAAUAACCAGAACUGGUGACAGGGCAGGUGAAAUGCAGUUAGGAAACCUGCUCAGGACAGCAAGAUCCAGUUCUUACAAGAGCCGUCCUAGCCCUUUACUGUUCAACUCCUCACUCCCCUCCUACCCAAUAAAUGGGUUACUUCCUUAGGCAGAGGAUGACUCUAUACUGCACCCGCCUUCAAAGAGUUUCCCUAAAGCCUGAGCGUGCUUCACUGUGCAACCCAUCUGGCCGUUGCGUGAGAACUGGGUACACGAACAAACCUCUGGUUCUGAGCCAGUGCAUUCUAGCACAGAGCAGCUCCUCAGCCACAGACCCCACAGCCCUGUGCAGCAGCGGGCACACAUUGCUCUCCUCAUUUUACAGGUGAGUUAGUCUAGCCACAGAGAAGCGAUUUGCUUAAGGCACCAAGCAAGACAACAGGGAGCUGAGAAUAAACCCAGGUCUCCUGAUUCCACCUCUGAUGUCCUAGCCACUGGACAAUGCCUCCUCAAUCACUUGCAACAGCUCCGAUUUCAUAGGAGCACAACAGCUGUUCCAGCUCAGAUCCAGGGUGGAUUUAGAAGCGUGUCAAAAUCUCGUUUGGCCCCACUAUUGGCCCAAGCCUUAUGCAGCGGCAAGGCAGAGUACAUAACCCUGGGAGGCCAGCUGCAGAGAGAGGAGACAGAGUCUGUUCCAAAUCCAGCCCUCACCAGAACAGCUGAUGAAUCAGGUCCCCUCCAAUAUAGCAACCUCUAGCUCAGGGAUUGGCAGCCUUUGGCACACAGCCCAGAAG